AUGCAGUCGCCUGUGGGUGAUCGCGAGAGGGGCAUCCCAGCAUCUGACGGCUUCUUCCUCAUGUGGCGUGACUAUAUGGAUCUCGGAAAGACUUUGUCGCGGCUGCUGGAGCAAGACGAUUCCCGGCGCGCAUCUGCAGAGGCGGUGAGCCCCUCUGAAGGUUUCGUGAAGCUCCGUCCCAGCCGCUCGGACACCGGCUCGGUCAGCAGCUGCUCCAGCAGCAGUCUGUCCUGUUCUAACCGGGGCCAGCGGAACCCUCGCGACGUUUGCGGCUUCUGCAAACAAAACGGAGAGUCCGCGGAGAUUUACCUGAGCCACAGACUGAAAAGCAAAGAUGGACGGAUCCUCUGUCCGAUAUUACGGAGUUACGUGUGUCCACACUGUUCGGCCACAGGGGACUGGGCGCACACCCGCCUCUACUGCCCGCUGAGAAACACGCUGCAGACCGGAUGA